ACCCACUUGAGUUACUCCAGCCGAAGUUGCCCUCCAGCCGAGAGAAAUCCCUUUUCUGAAGUUGCCCUCCAGCCGAGAGAAUUCCUAAAAAAUACCUGUUUUCCUCUGCCACUCUCAAUCCUCGCAGGUACUAAUCUAAUCACGUUGAUAUUAUUUUUUUUGCAACCCCCGUUUGAUUCCCAAGAAAAUCCAUCCCCCAUUCGAUUUCCGGGAAAAUUCAUCCUCGUUUGAUUUCUGAGAAAAUCCAUUCAAAACCCCCAAAGAAAACCAAAAAAUUUGCUUUUCUUUUGCUCCCUGUGUUUUCUAGAUCUGUUUUAAGGGUCUCUUUGCUGUUGUGCCAUUGGAUUUAAAUUUCACGAACCCUAAAUCCACGAUUUUUGAGCCAGAUUUUGUAUCCUGUGCGCGGGCUGGACUGGUAGGAAAUAUCGGGAAAUUUUCCGAAAAAUCGGUAAAAAUACCGAAAUAUCGGCGAUAUUUUGAAAUUCUCCUCCGGUUGCUCCGCGCGUCAGAUCCACUUGUGAUUUUUCUCCGAUUUAUCGGUGCUUCACCGAUAUUUCGCCGAUUUUGCCGAUUUUUUGAAAAAACGAUUUUGGUUUUAAAAAAAAUUUAUCCGUUCACCUCGCCAAAAUUAUCAUAUAUUUGUAAUAACUUUGCUCCACAUCCCCGAUCUCACUGUGUGUUUUUUAGGGUUUUUUUUUGUACUUGACUAGUGUUAAAAAAUUAUGAAAUGCCCCUCAAAUAUACUCUCCUAUAAGACAUGAUGCACAAUAGAUGAGUGGGAGGGGACAAAAAUCUGUUAUUUGAUGGAUUUCGAAUUUGGGAGAUAGGGUUUACAGUGAAGCACAUCAAGACUGGUGAAGAUGGGGUGGUGUCCAAAAGGGUUGUCGCCAUUUUUGUGAUGAUGACAAUGGCUGAUUUCAGUGACCAGCUUUCGGAAUCAGGAUGCCUUGUUUAGCAAUUCUGAUGGCUACCUUGAGUUUUCAAAGUGAUUCUGGGGUCCCAAAAUUUGGCCCACUGCUUGAGCCCAUAAUGCAAACGUUUGGGCUGUGAGAAUGUUAAAGCCCACAGUGAACUUUUGGCACCUCUUCGGCCCAUGAAUGGCAGUCACGCGAUGGCCACGCGCUAUACCCAUCUUCAUCUAAAAACCCAACUCUCCAAAACCCUAUGCUCUGUUCGCGCUGCCUCUGUCUCACUCUCCGGUUUCUCCUCUCCCACUAUCCUCUCUUGCUAUCGGAUUGAUCAGAGAUUUCCAAAAUAUCUCGGAUAAAUUCCGAAAGUAUUUCCGAAAUUUAUUUUAGGUGGAGAUUCAUUAAGAUUUCGUUCCAUUUGUACAUCAUAUAAGUAAUACAUGGUGGCUUUAUUGAAUUUGUAGAUACGGUAUAGGUCGUAGUAGGAGUUUUUUAUGCUGGUCGGUUCAAAGAGCUAGGGUUUGUUUCACCUUUUUCUCAGAGGGAGAGGGGACGGAGAUACAAGAAACAAUCGCCCCCCAUUCAUCCCAGAGAGCUGUGGUUUUGAAUUGGUUUCAGAUAGAACACUGUGGUGUGAAUAAGAAUGAUAGCGGCUAUUUCAUGGAUCCCAAAAGGGGUGUCAAAGUCUGUUCCUUCGGUGGUUGAGCCACCUUCAAAGGAGGAAAUUGAAGAGAUGCUCAAGAACGGUGCUUUGGAGAGAUGUGGAGAUAGUGAAAGCGAGGAAGAUGAUGAAAUUAUGGAUGCUGAUGCUGCCAAGCAGGAUGAUACAGUUGCCCAUGCAUUAGCUGCUGCAGAUGCCCUGGGCAAGACUCCAAAGAACUCAGGAACAAGUUUCCUGGACAUAACUGAUGGUCUGAAGGAACUUGACAUGGAUCAUUAUGAUGAUGAGGAUGAUGGCAUUGAGGUAUUUAGCAAGGGGCUUGGGGACACCUACUACCCAAGUAAUGACAUGGAUCCAUACCUGAAGGAUAACAAUGAUGAUGACUCUGAAGAGGUUGAGGAUAUGACUAUAAAAGCAGAGGAUUCAGUCAUUGUUUGUGCACGUAAUGCGGAUGAUCUCAGUCAUCUUGAGGUUUGGAUAUUUGAGGAAUCAGAGGAUGGUGAUUCAAACAUGUAUGUACAUCAUGAUGUCAUAAUCCCAGCAUUUCCCCUUUGCACAGCAUGGCUUGAUUGCCCACUUAAAGGUGGAGAAAAAGGGAACUUUAUAGCUGUAGGCUCAAUGGAAACUUCCAUUGAGAUAUGGGACCUUGACAUUAUUGAUGAAGUCCAACCAUUUUUGGUAUUAGGUGGUGUUGCUGAGAAGAAGAAGAAGAAAGCAAAGAAGACAUCGGUCAAAUACAGAAAAGGCAGUCACACCGAUUCAGUGCUUGGUCUUGCUUGGAACAAGGAAUACAGGAAUAUACUUGCUAGUGCAAGUGCUGAUAAACUAGUCAAGAUUUGGGAUGUCACUUCAGGAGAAUGCAAUAUCACCAUGGAUCACCAUACGGACAAGGUUCAAGUAGUUGCCUGGAAUCAUCAUGAGCCCCAAGUUCUUCUAAGUGGAUCGUUUGAUCGUUCAGUAGUUAUGAAGGAUGGGAGGAUACCAACGCAUGCUGGUUUUAAGUGGUCAGUCACAGCUGAUGUUGAAAGCUUGGCAUGGGAUCCACACACUAAUCACUCUUUUGUGGUCAGUUUGGAGGAUGGUACAGUUCAAGGUUUUGAUGUUCGUACUGCUAAGUCAGAUUCGGCUUCUGAGUCAAAGCCAGCUUUCACUCUCCAUGCACAUGACCAAGCUGUUUGCACAAUCUCCUACAAUCCCUUGGCACCUAAUUUUCUUGCAACCGGAUCCACAGAUAAAAUGGUAAAACUUUGGGAUUUGUCAAAUAACCAACCUUCCUGUGUUGCAACCAGGAAUCCUAAAGCUGGAGCUGUCUUUUCCAUUUCCUUCUCAGAGGACAGACCCUUUUUGCUGGCUAUAGGGGGUUCUACGGGAAAAUUGGAGGUAUGGGAUACACUAUCUGAAGCUCCAGUCUCAAGAAAAUUUGGCAACUACAGUAGUCAGAGCAUAUCUAAACCCGAGGCUUGACUGAAUUAGAAAUUUAAAGAUGCAGUUUUGGUUUUCAGCCUAAGAGCUUUCAUGAUAAUGUGAAAGGAAGCGUAUUUGCCCAUGCAUCAGCCAAUUUUGUGUGUGUGUAUGUGAUUUGGAAAAUGAUUAUAAUGAUCCUGUGCUCCACUUGAAAAUAAAUUAUUCUUUCUGGUGACGUUUUAGAAGUUUUUGAAAAUGUCAGAUGGAUCUUAUAAUCAAAGUUCUAAAUGGAUUUCAGUAUGUGAA